UUUACAAUUUCUAGUGUAAAGAUUUUGUUUUUAGUUAAAUAAUGUAUAGUUUUAAAUUGUAUCUAUCCAUUUUAUUUUCAAUAAUUUGUUUACGGAAUAUUAUUGCGGACGAAUCUGGUUUAGAUUGGACGAAACCCAUUCUAGAGGUUGGGUUGUAUACCUAUUCAAAAGCAUUUAACGAUUUGCUGGACAUGUCAAAGGAUAUCCAUGAUACAACUGCAAAAGGUUUAAAUAAUAUAAAGGCUACUUUAAGAGCAAUCCCAAUUGAUACGAAUGUAAUGUUUUAUAGAAAGGUUUUACCCAAUAAUCAAUAUAAGAAGAUUGUCAUGAAAACGAAAUCCACUAGAAUAGAUUUGCCGAAUCGUAUUGUGAAAAACUCCAAUAUUUUAAAUACUAAUAAAUUUUUAUGAAAAUCUGCUACGGAAAGCAGAUCUGUAUGAAGCAAAUGGGAUUAUUGCAAACAGAUAUUACUUAUUUAUUACUUAUUGUUAUAAACUAAUAAAGUAUUUCAAAUUUUUAC